AUGGAGCUGGGCACAGGGAGGGGCACACUUGGGGGCUGCAGGGACACCCCAGCAGGGCCCUGCUUCAGCCCACAGGAGCCCGGGUCCCGGUGCUGUCCCCAUGGAGCUGUCCCGGUGUCCCAGCAGCCGCUGAUCAUCCUCCAGCAGCUUCCCGGGCCCCUGCCCCCCCCUGCCGGCCCCCCGCCCAUCCGGGGAGCCCCUCACUCUCUGGCAGAUCUGCUGGAGCUGAUGAUGAUUCAGAACUCCCAGAUGCACCAGGUGGUGAUGAACAGCCUGGCUGUGGCCACCCUGACCUCCUGUGGGCUCGGGCCAGCCCCAGCUGCUGCCCAGGUGAUGGCAGUGCCUUUGCAGAGCCAGGAGGAAGAGGAGGCUGUGGUUUUCCACCAUCACUACAUCCCCUGCCCCGGGCCUGCUCCUGCCCUGCCCUGGCUGGUCCCAGCACAGGGUGAGAGAGCAGCAGCUGUGCGGUACCUGGGCACAGGGGCAGCAGCUGAGGAUGGGCAGAGCCAUGCAGUGCCCCCUCCUCCCCCCCCCAGCGCCACGGGCACCGUGGGACCCAGCGUCUUACCAGCAGCAGAGUACUACGACAUGAUGGAGGAGAGGCUGUGA